AUGUCAGACCAAUUACAGAUACUUGACGGAACUACCCUCCGCGACCUCGAUCUAUCCACCGCCGUCUCCGAUCGUCCGCUCACCGGAGCUCAAAUUCUUCACAUUGCACAUUCACAAGCUUCCUCUUCUCUCUUCGAUCUUCCUUUACCCGAUCCUCUCAAAGCCUCUGCACUCAAUCGCCUCCGUAGUAUCGCCGCCAUCUCCGAUGAUUCUUUCUUUUCACCUGAGACUGAGUAUCAGCCUUUACAGGCUUCUCAAUUCCUCAAUCAGUACAUCGCCGCCAUCGCCGAUGAACUCAAAGGUAGUCCUCUUGUUGUAUCAAUCUUGGAUGGAAGUACUCUUCGUUUGUUGUUUGAGGACGAGGAUGAUUUUGCUAUGUUAGCGGAAAAUCUGUUCACUGAAUUGGAUGUUGAAGAUAAGGGGAAAAUCAGCAAGAGUGAGAUUCGAAAUGCUCUUGUUCAGAUGGGAGUUGACAUGGGAGUUCCUCCUUUCUCAGAAUAUCCUCAGCUAAACGAUUUGUUGAGUAAACAUGGAGCGGAUGGAGAAGAAGAACUGGGCCAGGCACAAUUUGCACAGCUUCUGCAGUUUGUAUUACAAGAUCUUGAAGUGGAACUUUCCAAAAAGAAUUUUGUUUUCAUCCAGAAUAUCCAAAUCAUAAAUGGCUCUAAGAUAAGACAGCUAUUGGCCAAUGAAAAGGAGUUAAACAGCUUUAUAGAGAAGGCAUCACAAGAAAAACUCAAUGCAAAGGAUGGUCUAGGAAGCACAGAAAUAAUAAGGAGCUUCCUUGAGAAAAACACUACGGAAUUGGGUUUACCACUAUAUGAUGGUGGCGAUGCAGCUGAUCUUUUUUAUGAUUGUGUUUUUGCUGAUGUAGCUAAAGAAAAAGGUGCAGUGGAAUUAGAGAAAGAAGAGCCAGCAAAACUUUUGAAAGAUGUCUUAAAGAAAAUGGCAGAACAACUUGAGUUGAAUCCAGUAUAUCAGGACUUUGCUUGA